AAAAAUCCAGACGUAUGCAGAUCUCACCGCAGAACUGAAAUCGUUUGUUUGUUAUAAACCCUCUACUGAAGCAAAUCUACCGUUUGCUAGGAAAAAAACCUCGAAUGCUUCGAAAAAGGGCUUUAACUUUGAUAGUUGCCCUAUUCGUGGUGGCCGGGUUAUACAUUUUUACGAGGGUUUCACCACGCAGAGCUAAAGAUUUUGUUUCAGCCAAGCAUGUUGCAAAGCGCUCUUUUGAUUUAAAAGGCACAGCGGAGUUUCCGAGGAAAGUGCGCUUGUUUGUGGCAGUGCUGACCCAUGCCAAGCGAAAGCCCCGGAGAGAUGCAAUUCGAGACUCUUGGUUUAAGGAGUGCAACAACCAGGCUAUCUGCCGAUUCUUCUCGGAUGAAGUGGGUCUUAGCAAUCAAUCGAGGCUGAAACUGGCGAAUGAAGGCUUAGAGAACAAAGACGUAGUCUUACUUCCUCCUACAGCACGUUUAGCGUUCACGGAGAGGCUCUUGCUAGUGUGGGAAUGGGUUUAUCAGCACAACAUUCAGUUCGACUACUUCCUUCGCAUAGACGACGAUCAUUUCCUGUGCCUGGGACGCCUACUUUACGAGCUGAAGCACCGACCCCUCAAGGGUCUAUACUGGGGCUUUCUUCACUGUCAUCCAAAGGUAGUGCGCAUCGAUGAGGCGUGGCUUCUACUCAGUGCGGACCUGGUUGAGGAGGUGCUUGCUCGCAGACGGGACAAGACGCUCGUAUGUACCCCAUAUGGGGACCAAGCGGUUGCCAUUUGGAUAAAUCAAAGUAAGAAGAACGUCACGUACUUCAUCGACAACAAAAGGAUUGUCCACAAGAGCGCGGGCAAAGACCCGAGUUUUUUCAAUAAGGAUAUCUGCGAGAAGUAUAUGAGUUUGCACGGAACGUACCCGAAGUCGAUGAGACAGUUCUGGCUAUUAUGGGAUAACCUACGAAGGCGUGAGAGUCACGUGCUCUCGUACCAGAUCCCUAAGAUCGAGGACUACUCUAAGCAUUGCGCGUUCUCUCCGGUGUUUGACUACACGGGUUUCAUUUCCGAGUACCAGUUUAAACCCAAGCUCUGUCACGAAAAUCCCACGUGGUCAGUAUCCGGUAACAUGCACGCUGGUCGCGAAGAUGACGGGGAAAGGUAUUCGAACUACUGAUAUACCGAUGACCAUGGUUCACAUGUAACCCGCCCAUGUCAUCAUCGUAUCAGAUCGAUCGAAUCCGUAUUCGAACGCGAUUUGAUCAGCUGUCAGUAGUUUUAACGAAAAGAGAAAUUAAUUCCUGUGACUCAGUGUUGAAUCCUGAAGACAAAUAAUAAUUUUUUAAAUCCCAAAACUAAAGCUCAACUUCUUUUUCCGAAAAUGAUUUUAAAAGGGCACGUGCGCUUGUGAACACGAGAUAGCGCGCAGAUUUUUUUUAUUGGAACGUGACCACUCUUAAAAGACUGUGCCUCUCUUAUUAUUGACUCAGUUUCGUUUGCCCGAAGCUUAAAGCUGUAACGAGACAGUUUUCAACAGAACUUUGCAGAAACGCGAAUGUUCUGUUACCAGCUGUAAACGCUGAGUUAGCGAACCUAGUAACUAUGUACGUUUACACAGACGAGCCGAAUUAGUCUGUGCAGCUGAUAACUUACAAAAUUCUUUACAAUUCAAGAAAAUUUGGGGCUUAAGGUAGGAGCAUAAACUACCGUGUAUUACUGACUGACAAAGUGACCGUGCCAUAAAUUUGUAGAUGCAAAAACGGACAAAAUUUAAAAACAAAUGUUUAUUGCCAUCAUUCAUAUUUUAUACAGUGUGGCGCUAUCUUUAUAAACUUAUAACAUUCUACAAAUAACGAGUAACACAUAAAAAAUGCCCAACCCCAUGCGUGACGUUUUAUAAAAAAAUGUAUCUUCAUUGAUACUAAAGCAGCGACUGCAAAUGACGACAGUUUUUGAAAAAAGGACGCAAGUCAAGCAAAGGGAUGUUUAAGGUCAAUAGGAAAACUAAUAGUUUCCGAAGGAACAAAAACCAUCAGUACAGUGAUGUAAUAUCUGAUCGAAACUUCAGCUUUAACAUACCCAAACACAACAGUUCAACGGUUCAAUGUGUUGUUGACACAUUCGCUUAUGUAAAAAGGCCUAAACAUGACUAAUACAUAACAUAACCAAACACAACAGUUCAACGGUUCAAUGUGUUGUUGACACAUUCGCUUAUGUAAAGGCCUAAACAGUACUAAUACAUAACCAAACAAUACAGUUCAAUGUAUUACCAACCCAGUUGAAUUAACAAACUUAUAGGGAAAAGUUUGGAUGAAAAUCAAACUCGAGUCAAUGGUACAUUGGCGCUUUAGAAACAUAAAAAACGCGAUUAAAAAAAAAGAGAAAAUUAAGAAUAUUUAGCUAUACAACGAUAUACUGUAUGGUGUUUGCUUUAAUUCACCGCGAGGUCGAGGACUACUCUGGCCAAUCCCCAUAAUAAGUGCUUCCGUUUUCGGCAACAUUAAUUUCUUCCUAGAUCUUGACAAUCCCAGUACAUUAUUCACGUAUAAACUAAUAUCCUCAAGUUAGUGUAGUCUAUGGUACUAAAGAUCAGAAGCAAGUGACGUGCGCCUUUUAAUGUCUAAGCUGCAUAAGAUUAAUUAAUUUAAAUAAAAAUAUUGACACUACC